GGGAGCCCCAGCAUGGAGACUCGGUUGCAGCGGAAACUCUGUGCGUCUUGAGCUGUCCGAUCCCGGCGGACCCAGGGCCCGGCCGGGCCUCGGUCCACGUCCUGCACUCCACGGUCGUCCGGUCCUCUCCGCGGCCUGGCCAGCGCUGGUCAGCGCCGCUCUCAGCCGGCCGCUGCAGAGACUUCCCCGCUGCGCCCCGCGCCUGAGGAGGAGCUGCACACGCGGCGGCAUGUCCCCCCCGCAGCAGGAGCGCAUGCCCUCCGGAGGCAUGAAGAAAAGCCUGCAGGAUGAGAUCGAAGCCAUUCUGCGGGAGAGGAUCAUGGUGAUGGAUGGAGGCAUGGGAACCAUGAUCCAGCGGCACAAGCUCAGUGAAGAAGACUUCCGAGGCCAGGAAUUUAAGCAUCAUGCCCGGCCACUGAAAGGCAACAAUGACAUUCUAAGUAUAACUCAACCCGAUGUCAUUUAUCAAAUCCAUAAGGAUUACUUGGUGGCUGGGGCAGAUAUCAUUGAAACAAACACUUUCAGCAGCACUAAUAUUGCCCAAGCUGACUAUGGCCUGGAACACUUGGUCUACCGGAUGAACAAGUGUUCUGCGGGAGUGGCCAGAAAAGCAGCUGAGGAGAUAACUCUCCAGACAGGGAUUAAGAGGUUUGUGGCAGGAGCUCUGGGUCCAACGAAUAAGACCCUCUCUGUGUCCCCAUCUGUGGAAAGACCAGAUUACAGGAACAUCACUUUUGAUGAGCUUGUUGAUGCGUACAAGGAGCAGGCCCAAGGGCUUCUAGAUGGCGGGGUGGAUAUCUUACUCAUUGAAACGGUUUUCGAUACUGCCAAUGCCAAGGCAGCCUUGUUUGCACUCCAGGACCUUUUUGAAGAGGCAUAUGCUCCCCGGCCUAUCUUUAUUUCAGGGACAAUUGUCGAUAAAAGUGGGCGGACGCUUUCUGGACAGACAGGAGAGGCGUUUGUCAUCAGUGUGUCUCACGCAGACCCACUCUGCAUUGGAUUAAACUGUGCUCUGGGUGCAGCUGAAAUGAGACCUUACAUUGAAGCAAUUGGAAAAUGCACAACAGCCUUUGUCCUUUGCUAUCCCAAUGCAGGUCUUCCCAACGCCUUCGGUGACUACGAUGAAACUCCACAUAUGAUGGCCAUGCACUUAAAGGACUUUGCCAUAGAUGGUUUGGUCAAUAUCGUUGGUGGAUGCUGUGGCACGACACCAGAUCAUAUCAGGGAAAUUGCUAAAGCUGUGAAAAACUCCAAGCCUCGAGUUCCACCUGCCACUGUUUAUGAAAGGCAUAUGUUGUUGUCUGGUCUAGAGCCCUUCAGGAUUGGACCCUACACCAACUUUGUUAACAUUGGAGAACGCUGUAACGUGGCAGGAUCCAAGAAGUUUGCUAAACUCAUCAUGGCAGGAGCCUAUGAAGAAGCACUGAGUGUUGCCAAACAGCAGGUGGAAAUGGGAGCCCAGGUGUUGGACAUCAACAUGGACGAUGGCAUGCUAGAUGGUCCAAGUGCAAUGACCAGAUUUUGCAACCUCAUCGCUUCUGAGCCUGACAUUGCCAAGGUGCCCUUGUGCAUCGACUCUUCCAAUUUCACCGUGAUUGAAGCCGGCCUGAAGUGCUGCCAGGGCAAGUGCAUCGUCAAUAGCAUCAGCCUGAAGGAGGGGGAGGAGGACUUCCUGGAGAAGGCCAGGAGGAUCAAGAAGUUUGGUGCUGCUGUGGUCAUCAUGGCUUUUGAUGAAGAAGGACAGGCGACAGAAACAGACACCAAAAUCACAGUGUGCACCCGGGCCUACCAUCUGCUUGUGAAAAAACUGGGCUUUAAUCCAAAUGACAUCAUAUUUGACCCUAACAUCCUCACCAUUGGUACUGGGAUGGAAGAACACAACUUGUAUGCUGUUAAUUUUAUCAGCGCAACAAAAGUCAUUAAAGAAACAUUACCUGGAGCUAGAAUAAGUGGCGGCCUUUCCAACUUGUCCUUCUCCUUCCGAGGAAUGGAUGCCAUUCGAGAAGCAAUGCAUGGGGUUUUCCUCUACCAUGCAAUCAAGUUUGGCAUGGACAUGGGGAUAGUGAAUGCUGGAAGCCUCCCUGUGUAUGACGACAUCCAUAAGGAACUUCUCCAGCUCUGUGAAGACCUCAUCUGGAAUAGAGACCCUGAGGCCACCGAGAAGCUCUUAUAUUACGCCCAGACUCAUGGCGCAGGCGGGAAGAAGGUCACCCAGACGGACGAGUGGAGAGAUGGCCCCGUGGAAGAGCGCCUGGAGUAUGCCCUUGUGAAGGGCAUUGAAAAACAUAUUAUUGAGGAUACUGAGGAAGCCAGGUUAAACCAGGAAAAAUACCCCCGACCUCUGAACAUAAUUGAAGGACCUCUGAUGAAUGGCAUGAAAGUUGUCGGUGAUCUUUUUGGAGCUGGAAAAAUGUUUCUACCUCAGGUCAUAAAGUCAGCUCGGGUCAUGAAGAAGGCUGUGGGCCACCUUAUUCCCUUCAUGGAAAAAGAAAGAGAAAAAACGAGAGUGCUCUCUGGCACAGUGGAAGAAGAGGACCCUUACCACGGCACCAUUGUGUUGGCCACUGUGAAGGGGGACGUGCACGACAUAGGCAAGAACAUCGUUGGAGUGGUUCUCAGCUGCAAUAAUUUUAGAGUCAUCGAUUUAGGAGUCAUGACUCCCUGCGAGAAGAUACUGAAAGCGGCUCUUGACUACAAAGCAGAUAUCGUUGGCCUGUCAGGACUCAUCACUCCGUCCCUGGAUGAAAUGAUAUUUGUUGCCAAAGAAAUGGAGAGAUUAGGUAUAAAGAUCCCGUUGCUGAUUGGAGGGGCAACCACUUCGCGAACCCACACCGCAGUGAAAAUCGCCCCGAAGUACAGUGCGCCCGUGAUCCACGUCCUGGACGCGUCCAAGAGCGUGGUGGUGUGUUCUCAACUAUUAGAUGAGAAUCAGAAAGAGGAGUACUUCGAGGAGCUCACAGAGGAGUAUGAGGAUAUUAGACAGGACCACUAUGAGUCUCUCAAGGAGAGAAGAUACUUAACCUUGAGCCAAGCUAGAAAAAACAGUUUCCAUAUUGACUGGCUGUCCGAGCCUCACCCUGUGAAGCCCACGUUUCUUGGGACUCGGGUCUUCGAAGACUAUGACCUGCAGAAGCUGGUGGACUACAUUGACUGGAAGCCUUUCUUUGACGUGUGGCAGCUCCGGGGCAAGUACCCGAACCGAGGCUUUCCCAAGAUAUUCAACGACAAGACUGUAGGUGAAGAAGCCAAAAAAGUCUAUGAUGAUGCCCAGAAUAUGCUGACAGUCCUGAUCAGGGAGAAGAAGCUGCAAGCCAGGGGCGUGGUUGGGUUCUGGCCAGCGCAGAGCGUCCAAGAUGACAUCCACUUGUACGCACUGGGCUCCGACCCCCGGGCUUCGAGGCCCAUCGCCACCUUUCAUGGGCUGAGGCAACAGGCCGAGAAGGACUCCGCCAGCACGGAGCCGUACCUCUGCCUCUCGGACUUCAUUGCCCCGCUGCACUCGGGCCUCCGGGACCACCUGGGCCUGUUUGCUGUCGCCUGCUUCGGGGUGGAGGAGCUGAGCCGAGCCUACGAGGACCAGUGUGACGACUACAGCAGCAUCAUGGUCAAGGCGCUGGGGGACCGGCUGGCAGAGGCCUUUGCGGAGGAGCUCCACGAGAGGGUCCGCCGGGAACUGUGGGCCUACUGCAGCGACGAGCAGCUGGAUGUCGCCGACCUGCGAAGACUGCGCUACGGGGGCAUCCGCCCAGCGCCCGGCUACCCCAGCCAGCCCGACCACACCGAGAAGCUCACGAUGUGGAGGCUUGCGGACAUCGAGCGGCGCACAGGCAUUCGGUUGACGGAGUCGUUAGCGAUGGCACCUGCUUCAGCCGUGUCUGGCCUCUACUUCUCCAAUUUGAAGUCCAAGUAUUUCGCUGUGGGGAAGAUUUCCAAGGAUCAGGUUGAGAAUUAUGCUCUGAGGAAGAACAUGUCUGUGGCCGAGGUCGAGAAAUGGCUUGGGCCCAUUUUGGGAUAUGACACAGACUGACUUUCUGUUUUUACCUUUCGUGUACUUCAGGGGUUUCCCACCCCCCGCCGGAGACAAAGGUUGGGGCCCCUGCUGCACUUGAUCCUCAGGGAAAUAGAGUCCAGAGUGCCUUAAAACAAGCAGCCUGGCAGCAGCCCCCGGGCCUGUCUGCAGCUGGGCGACGCCCCUGCUGCCUUGUGUUCGGGGAGACUGUCUGCUGAGCCUUAGUGCAGCUAGUCCUACCUCGGCUCCCGAGAGACCGGCUGCUGCUCGUCAGGGCCCGUGCCGGGCAGCGAGCAGAGCUCUGGCCGUGUCUGGUCGCCAGGGCCCAGGGACAGGCUGAAGAUAGUAGUCCUCUGCAUUUCAAAGCAAGCCACCUUGCUGUUUUCAUUUUUACCUUGGACCUAGGAGCACGCGCCCCCUCCCCCCGCCCCCCACUCAGAAAAAAGGCUGACAUUCAGUUGAAUAGAGCAUAGGAUGCUGUGGCAAAAGGGCGGUUUAGUCCAGUUGUCAUCACAGUAGAUGCUGACAGGGAAGAAAGGAUAACGGCUCUGUUUCCGGAAGACCUCAUCCCCUAUGGGCUCAUGGAGAGGGUGGCAGAGGUCCCUUGGGCGAAAGCACGCCGAACCGCUUGCUUGUCAGGUAGGCUCCAGCGAUUGGGGCUAGUGUGGUCAAAUACAGUCAUGUUCCCUAA